CGAAAGUGGAAUUGUGUCAGAACUGAAGAAUGCUUUAUCAAUAAAGGGUUUCUUCUUCUUCGUCUUUUGGAUGACCAUAUACAAUCUUAGUCUUCUUCUUCUUCGUGCGUCAACCCGCCAUGGAUCAUGUCAUCAAUUGGAUUUCCCUUGCGUCUUCUCUGUCAGAGUUCCAACCCACUAUCGAUCGGAUCGUCAAUGGGAUUGUGUCCCAGACAAGUUGUUUAGCGACAAAGAUUAAUCUAAUAGUUGAAAAAUUCACUAGUGUUGAAAAUUACGCCCUUCUCAUUGAUUGCUUAUUCUUCUUCUUUAGGGGUUCAAGCUUUCUUCACAGUCUUCAACACACCAAGGAUCUUGUUAUCAACAGGGGUUCAAGCUUUCUUCACAAUCUUCAACACACCAUGAAUCCUGUCGUCAAUGAGUUGGUGUCCCUGAUAAGAAGUUUAGUGACAAAGAUUAAUGGAGAUUUGUUGUUGCGUGUUGCUGGUGCUGUUGGUGUAGCAGUGGCAGCUAUUGUUGUUGUCCGGUUGCUUUCGACGAUGAUUUCUGCUGUUGGUUGGUUGCUUUGGACAGUGAUUUCUCCUGUUGUUAGGUUUCUUUGGAAGGUGAUUUCUCCUGUUGUUUCAUUGCCUUGGAAGGUGAUUUCUGGUGGUGUUAGGUUGCUUUGGAAGGUGAUUAAGGCGAUUUUCGGUGGUGGUAAAGGAGGGAAGACAAUGAAGGCUCCAGGGAGAAACUAUCGCAUGUUCAGAAAAGACUUUGAACUUAACCCUGCAAAUUACUUCCGUAACUUGCGCAAGUAGACAAGCAGAUCAAGUACUAUUUAUUACUUAUUACUUAGUGCAUUACUAUGUCUAUUUUAUUUGAUGAGAUUAAGGUGUAGUUCGGUUAUGAAUUUAGCACAAUUUGUAUGUUUCAAAACAUGUUGCCAACAUGAACAACCACUUGAAGUAACACGAAGUACCUAGUUUUCACGUAUUUUGGUCUUUGAA